ACGCCAGGCUGGGCGGGGGCGAUGGGCAAGUCCGGGAAAAAAGACUCGUGCCUCCGGUAGCGCUCGGUGGGGCUCGCUCUCUCCGUGAGCGCUUGGCUCUGUCGCGUUUAAGGAAAGGGGAAAGCAUGAUACGGAUUCUCCCGGUGAAGCGGAGGGAAAUGCGCAUCCCAACGACAUAUUGCUAACUGAUCCUGCAAGGACACUGCCCCCUGCCCUCUUCUCCGCCUCUGCUAUGGACACUUCUGCUUUUAGCCUCCCCACGCCGGCAGUGUCRGAGGAGGGGAAUGCCUCAGGUAGCUGGGCAGGCUUCACCACCCCCAACAGCUCCUCCACCAUCAGCCCUGGUGUAGUUGUCAGCGGUGUCCUCAUCCCCGUGGUCUACCUCAUUGUCUGCGUGGUGGGGCUGGCUGGGAAUUCCCUGGUCAUUUAUGUGGUCCUGCGGCACUCCGUGAGCGAGUCGGUGACCAACGUCUACAUUUUGAACCUGGCCCUGGCCGAUGAGCUCUUCAUGCUGGGCCUGCCAUUCCUGGCUGCGCAAAAUGCCCUGUCCUACUGGCCAUUUGGCUCUUUCAUGUGCCGCCUGGUGAUGGCCGUGGAUGCCAUCAACCAGUUCACCAGCAUCUUCUGCCUGACGGUGAUGAGCGUUGACCGCUACCUGGCCGUGGUCCACCCAGGGAAGUCCUCCAAAUGGAGGACAGCACGGGUGGCCAAGGCAGUGAGUGCAACYGUGUGGGUGCUGUCUUCCAUAGUGGUGCUGCCCGUGGUUGUCUUCUCAGAUGUCCCUUUAGGGAUGAGUACCUGUCACAUCCAGUGGCCGGAGCCUGCCUCGGUGUGGAGAGCUGGCUUCAUCGUCUACACUGCUACGCUGGGCUUCUUUGGACCGCUGCUGGUGAUUUGUCUCUGCUACCUGCUGAUUGUUGUGAAGGUUCGCUCCUCUGGCAGGCGGGUGAGGGCUCUGUCCUCCAAGCACAAACUUUCAGAGCGCAGAGUGACCCGCAUGGUGGUGACUGUGGUGGCUGUCUUCGUCCUUUGCUGGCUCCCCUUCUAUGUCCUCAACAUAAUCAAUGUUGUGUGCCCACUGCCAGAGGAGCCAUCCCUCUUUGGUGUCUACUUCCUCGUGGUGGUGCUGCCCUAUGCCAACAGCUGUGCCAAUCCCAUCAUCUACGGCUUCCUCUCCUACCGCUUCAAGCAGGGCUUCCGCAGGGCCAUCUUCAGGCCGUCCCGCCGAGUCCAGAGCCAGGAGGUGCCAGCAUGCCCCCCCGAGAAGGUUGAUGACGAAAGGGAAGAGGGUGAGAUCAGCAAGAUCACCCAGAAUGGAAAUGACAGGCAGGAGCACCCUCUAAGCAGCGGAGAAGGAAAAAGCAAUGAGCAAAAACCACUCCCUGAGGAGCCCUUGGGAUGUGAAAAGAGCAACAAGUUGCAUGUCAGCUAUUUAUGAUGGAAGGGGUGGUGCAGGGGAAAGAGACAUUGGGACAUGGGAUCCCCUUCACCUUCUCUGCUUUCAAAGGCAACAGGAGACAUCAAUACAAGUAGACAUUAAAGUCCAAGAGUCUGCUUGAAGAUUAAUAGGGCCCCACAAAAUAAAGCAAGGCAUUAUUUUUGGCUUUAGAAGAGACACCUGAGGUUUGURUGGUACCAUUAUUAUCAGAAAUUGGUAAAAAUAAAACCUCCUUAACACUAAUGUAGUGUUAAGAAGCAGGCAUUCUUUAUUUGGCUGGAUGCAUGAGGGGAUACCUCCUCCAAAAUAUCAUGCAUGCUGAGUGAAGAAAAAGCUCCCAUUUAUACACUAUAUUUACAUAACUGCUCAUUGAUUUGCCUGGAAUAAACAUA